GCCAAGCUACUCUUUGGAUUUCAAGCAACUGUUUGCAUGCAUCUACACAUCGGAGUUGUGUUGCUGACCAAAUGGAUGGUAUAAGAGUUUGUUAUAUUGACUUAGUAGUUAUUCUACGGCAUGUUAUCCCCUUGUAAAGUUGGUAAGGUUGACUUGUUAUGCUAUAUUUCUGUAUAAAGUGUAGAUUGUGGUUUCAGUUGCAAGCUGGCAUUUUCUUGUCGAACAAGUCUGUACCCAACUGUUGUAAGUUAAAUUUUUUGCAAGCCUUGGCAAACGAGAGUUACACAUACUGGCACUUAGUAGAGUCUAGUCAAUGCAAAAGUUUGACUAAUUCUGCGAGUAUGAGUAGCAUCCAAUUCAUGUUUGGAUGAGUUCUAUGGAAUGAACCAAUUUGCACAUUCCGUGGACUUUUGGUUGCCGUUACCAUCAUAAUUGAAUUUGUUUUGCUCACCAAAUAGUUGGGAUAAGGUUUUCUGAAUAAUCAUCUCUUUGGUGUUUUUGUUCAAAUAUGUUUGUUUGUAUGACCUUUUUGUUAAAAGUAUACAAUAGUAGUCAUGACUUGAUUCCAGCGGUAUUGUACAAGUUUCACAUACUUCUUAUUUGGUGUACUUGGAUUAUUCACAUUGCUUGUUUAAAAUCCUUAAUGUCUCUUGUUGAAGCUUUAGGAGUUUGUGGUGGUUGUGCUGUCGUUUUAUCUCCGUGUCUUUGUUUCUAGUUUCAUGGUUCCCUGACUGGAUGCAUGCUUUUUGACAGACAAGUUUUGGUAGGAGAUGCUGUGGUUUUGGAAGACCCUGAAACCUCAGGUAACUAUCUUGUUCGGAGAGUGGCUGCCACAGAAGGGUAUGAAAUGGUGUCUGAUGAUGAAAAAGAUGAGCCUUUUGUCCUUGGAAAGGACCAGUGCAGGGUGUUGGCUGACAAUGGGAAUUUAAAGCCCAAGGACGCCAAUGACAGUCGGACAUUUGGCCCCAUUUCGAUGACAGACGUAGUUGGCAGGGUUUUAUACUGCCUGACAACAGCCGUGGACCAUGGUCCUGUAGAGAACAGCCACAAGAGCAUGCACUUGGAUUCCCCUUUACUGGAUGUUGAUGAGAUGACAAAAAAUCACAAAGCAUGACACGACACCCACAAAGAAAAAGCCUGCACCCAAUUGCUUUGUAUCUUCUUUUCUCAUCUGUUUUCUUCAUCAGACAUCUUUUUUUGUCUGGAGAACAAUGUAAAAUGGGAGUCAGAUUUUUCUCAAUAUUCAUUUAUUAUGGGAUGGUUAGCGUACAUGAAGCGGCUUGCAAAUUCGAGUUUUAGCUGUAUUUAUCAUUACUUAAGAAUUAUAAUGUAGUUCAAAAACUAUAAAAUGAA